CCCCGGCCGUAUUGUACAAUCUGUUCGGUCGAAUUUGUGUUGGUGCUGUAAGUUGUGUUGAUGGGGAGGAUUGGGAAUCUGAGCUGAACAAUAUAUAUACGCAUGCACGUGUGUUCGUGUAGAGGAUGAGCAUAAGAGAGAUGGCAAACGACUCCACCCUAGCUUACGUGUUCACCUGCGGGACACAUAAGCUAUUGUUCCGCCACGUUGAGCGGAAAGCCGAAUUUCUUAAGCUAGCGGAACAGACAUAGCAGGAAUUUUCGGAAACGAGAAAUAAUUAAUUAAUUAGAGGGCGGACAAAAAAGCCCUUCCCCGAAUUUGAAACUCAAAUGCGCCCAAUCCAAAAUCCCCACCAAUCCAUCCAUUCAUUCUUCUUCUCCGGCUCCGGCAGCACCCGGCGGCGGCGAUGGGGGUCAAGAACCUCUGGGACAUCCUCGACUCCUGCAAGCAGAAGCUGCCGCUCAACCACCUCCAGAACAAGAAGGUGUGCGUCGACCUCUCCUGCUGGCUCGUGCAGUUUUGCAGCGCCAACCGCUCCCCGGCUUUCGUCAAGGACAAGGUCUACCUCAAGAACCUCUUCCACCGCAUCCGCGCCCUCCUCGCCCUCAACUGCAGCCUCAUCUUCGUCACAGAUGGGGCGAUACCUUCAGUCAAGUUGGCUACUUAUCGGCGUCGGCUGGGAUCCAAUUCUGAGGCUACUCACGAUGAGACGAAUCCGCAACCACUGACUUCGCUACGUCGGAACAAGGGAUCUGAAUUCUCCCGUAUGAUUAAAGAGGCCAAGAAUCUGGGGUUGGCCCUGGGCAUCCCUUGCUUGGAUGGAGUGGAGGAAGGGGAAGCGCAGUGUGCAUUGCUAAAUUUAACAUCAUUGUGCGAAGGUUGUUUUACAUCAGAUUCAGAUGCUUUUCUCUUUGGGGCAAGGACAGUUUACAGGGAUGUUUUCAUAGGGGAGGGUGGCUAUGUCAUUUGUUACGAAAUGGAGGACAUAGAGAAAAAGCUUGGUUUCGGCAGGAAAUCACUGAUAUCACUUGCGCUGCUUCUUGGUUGUGAUUAUUCUAAUGGAGUUCGUGGUUUUGGUCCGGAAGCAGCGUGUCGUCUUGUUAAGUCCAUGGGGGAGGAUACCAUCCUUGAUCAGAUUCUAUCUGAUGGAGUAAAGGCUACGAGAAAAUGUAAAGCGAAAAUGGUUGGCAUUAACAAAAAGAAGGUUGGUGAUGUAUCCACAGAAGCAAGUAGCUCUGAGGCCGCGAUGAGCCAAGAUUCUGGUGAUCAGUUCCGUGAGGCAAUAACCGCAUUUCUGGAGCCAAAAUGUCAUUCACCUGAUUCCGAAAAUGUGCGGAGGGUAUGCUGCCAGCACCCAUUUCUCCGGUCACAGCUCCAACAAAUAUGUGAGAAAUGUUUUGACUGGACUCCAGAGAAGACUGAUGAAUAUAUCCUUCCGAAGAUAGCCGAGAGAGAACUUCGAAGGUUUUCAAAUCUUCGCUCCACGUCAUCAGCUCUAGGAAUACAACCUUCGUUGAGCGAGAUACCAGUACCAUGCCCUGUAUUGGCAAUUAUAAAACAGCGUAAAGUUCAAGGAAGCGAGUAUUAUGAGGUUUCAUGGAGAAACAUGCAUGGACUCCAAUCUUCAGCUGUUCCAGGAGAUCUCAUUAGAAGUGCAUGCCCAGAAAAAAUAACUGAAUUUUUCGAAAAGAAGGGUGAAGAGAAGAAGCAAAAGAGGAAAGCAAGGCCAAAAAAGUCAGCACAAGCUGCAGUAAAAGAUGUUGAUGCUCGACUUCAGGAAUUGAUGCUUGGUAUUGAAUCUGAAAGUGCGCCAUUUCCUCUUGCAAGCAAUCGCCCUGAAACAGCAGAUGUGCCAGGCAUGCAUGUAGUUGAUCUGUCUUCCCCAUCUCCACCCCUCCGUGCUUGCAAGUCCCAAAAGUUCAUCGGAUCAUCCACAGCUUCCAUGAAAGGGAUUGAUUUGCAAUGCCAAAGUCUGCUAACUCAUACAAUGGAGUCACAAAGUAGCACCCAGUCCAGUGAUGCUCAGAAUUUGGAGUCACAAAGUAGCACCCAGUCAAGUGAUGUUUUGAAUUUUACUCCAGACGAUGACCUGAUUGACCUGUGCUCACCUCUUCCUCUGGCUGCUGAUAGGCAUUGCACCCUGCAAGACUUGCCACCUUAUGACAAAACUGAACGAAAAGCACUGACAGAUUUAAGCAAUUUCCCUGAGAGAAGCAGCUUGCUGGGUGCUUCAGACAAUGGCCCUGAAGCUGGAAUAAGCAGUGGAGGCGUGCUGGUUGAGGCAUCUCCAGCAAUCGAUCAUGUACAGAUUGAUUCAGUAGCAGAACCAGAAUCUGUCACCAUCGAUUUGUCUUCUCCUUCGCCGGUCGUUGACAGAAGGAAAAGGGUCAACGCGAAGCGUGACAAGGAUGAUGUUGUAGACAUUAGUGAAGCUGACAGUAGUGUUAUGUGUCCUGAUGAUGAUGAUCAUGCAAAGAAGGCGAGAGAGCUACGAAUGUUUCUGGACAGCAUUAGGAAUGAACUGUAAUGAUAUUUGAACACAUGAUCAAUCAAUUUGCGGGUGGGUCGGUAUGUCUGUUCCCACUGCUGGUGCUUUA